UUGACAGCAACUGUCAGUUUUCAGGUGUUUUUGUUAUGUACUUUGGGUGGAUUUUCUGGUGAAAACCAGUGAAAGAGCAGCCAAAAGACUCAUCCUGCACCCAGGAAGCGAGCAUGAAGAGGGGCAUCGAGAUGAACGGCGAGACCACGCCGAAGAGGAGACACUACCUCAACAACCGAAAUAGGUUCGGGAUGUCCUCCUCGGGCUACAACAACUACUACCACGGCAUCGGGCCUGAGGGUCCGCCCGGCAGCUCCAUGCCGUGGGGCCGUUGGCAUUUGGACUGGUAUCCGCCGCUGCCUCCGGAGCCGUCAUCACUCCUCUUCAACAUGACGCAGCCUCCUCCUCCGCCGUUCAAUCCGCCUCUCCCGCCGCCACCACCUCCCGAAGAUCCACCCCCUCCACCUCCGGCAGAUCCUCCUGCGUGCCGCACUGCACCACCGCCAAUUGUGCGGUCUUCGCCACCGACGCGUCCGGACACAUCACCAGCUCAAGACAUCACACCACCUCCAGCAAAUACAUCACCAUCACAGAACUCCACACCGAGUAAGGGCAGAAAAGAGGGCAGCGCGUCGCCAGGAGAGGUCAGAGGCAAGCGCAAGAGGAAGACAGCGUCGCGACACGUCGGCAAGGAGUGGAAUCGCGAGGAUGCGGAACGGGUGUUGGCGGUGGAGAACGAAUAUUCGCCCUCUGACGCCUCGCGGACGCUGGUGAUCAAGUUCCCCGAUCCCAAAAUCACCAGAGACAUGGUGCAGGGCUUCUCCAGUGCCAUCGAGCUGGUGCACUUCCAGCAGCCGGUCACGCCGCGCCACUGCUUCGUGAAGCUGCGCAAGGGCGUGGACGUGCAGGCGACGAUUGCUCAGCUGUCGCGGGUGCGCUUCGGUGGCGGCAAGAUCACGGUGGAGCUGAAGCAGGAGGAGUUCAAGCACGUGUGUCCACCGGAGGGCGUCGACCCGUUCAGCCUCUACGUGGGCAAUCUGCCGCAAAGCGUCACCACGGGCGCCGUGAAGGAGAUCUUCCCCACGGCCGUUCACGUGGACGUGGGCUUCUCGCCGCGCAUGAAACACACCAGAUAUGCUUUUGUCAACUACUCUUCCGUGGACGCUGCGAUUGAGGCGUUCCGCAAGACGAGGAAUACCGUGUUCGAGAACAGGAGUCUCAUCCUGCGCUUCUAUCGCUAUCGCUCGUCCAUCAGAGCGCCCGGCCAGGGAGACGCCUUCCCGGCCAAGAAUUCCAGUGCGCCAACGACGUCAACGCCGCGGGAGAAGACGCCCGAGCCGGAGCCGGAGAUUGUGGAGGAUCUGGAAAUUGUGCCAGAGGACAGUGAUACAUCACACGAGUCUGCGCCGCCUGAGCCCGAGGACUCCAAGGCGACUGUACUCGAAGAGGCUUCCAGGCUGUCCCAGAGCAUAACGAAUGGCGGCUCCGAGGCGCCGACAAUCCCAGUUCGCAUCAAGACGGAAGUGCCGGACGAGGUGACGAUAGAGGAAGACGCGAGCAACGCUCUGCGCAUAAAGACUGAGCUUCUGGACGAGGAUCUGGACGACAAGCUGUACAACAAGUUGAUCAGCGCCCAGAAGGAGGAGGAGGAGCCAUCAGACGGCGAGGAUUAUGACGAGGAGUCGGAGGAGCUGAUGAGUGAGGAGGAGUCGAAUGACGAGGACGCGCUGAAGUACGGUCUGAAUCACUGGGAUAUCCUGCGGAAGGAGGAGGAGAGGCGCAAGCAACAGCAGAUUGCAGUUUCUGAGGUGGUCGCGACGCGUUCGCCUCUUCCGCUGCGCGAUGGACAGCUGGACAGGCUGGCGUCACUCUUUGGUUGUGACUUUGGUGAGUUUGACGAGCAGAACGAUCCGGAAUUCGAUGACUUGUUCAAUCAACUCAAUCCCGAUGAUUUGGACGAGGAGUUCGUGUUCAGUUCCUACUGAAGGGUGAGUCGAUGGGCUUUUCACUUUCACAUUACGUUGGGAAUCACCAAGGAUUUGUAUGAUAAUUUCGAGGAGACUUUUCGUGAGUGGUAGAGAUAAAUGAAAG